GCCAAGGACAGCGAUGACGAGGACGAGGUGGUGACGGUGGACAGGGACCACUUCAUGGAUGAGUUCUUCGAGCAGGCCAAGGACAGCGAUGACGAGGACGAGGUGGUGACGGUGGACAGGGACCACUUCAUGGACGAGUUCUUCGAGCAGGUGGGGCCCAAAAUCCCCCCCCGGGACCCCCAGGGACGGGACCGCUUCAUCUGCAUCCUCAUCACCUUCAUCCUCAUCCUCAGCUUCAGCUUCAUCACCUUCAUCCUCACCCUCAUCCUCCUCACCCUCAUCCUCAGCUUCAGCUUCAUCACCUUCAUCCUCACCCUCAUCCUCAUCCUCCUCAUCCUCAGCUUCAGCUUCAUCCUCACCCUCAUCACCUUCAUCUUCAUCCUCAGCUUCAGCUUCAUCACCUUCAUCCUCAUCCUCACUUCAUCUGCAUCCUCAUCACCUUCAUCCUCAGCUUCAGCUUCAUCACCUUCACCCUCACCCUCACCCUCCUCACCCUCAUCACCUUCAUCUUCAUCCUCAGCUUCAGCUUCAUCACCUUCAUCCUCAGCUUCAUCUUCAUCCUCAUCACCUUCAUCUUCAUCCUCACCCUCCUCAUCCUCAUCCUCAGCUUCAUCUGCAUCACCUUCAUCCUCACCCUCAGCUUCAUCCUCAUCACCUUCAUCUUCAUCCUCAUCCUCCUCACCUUCAUCCUCAGCUUCAUCCUCAUCACCUUCAUCCUCAUCCUCACCUUCAUCUUCAUCACCUUCCUCCUCACCCUCAUCACCCUCAUCUUCCUCACCUUCAUCCUCAUCACCUUCAUCCUCAGCUUCAGCUUCAUCUGCAUCACCUUCAUCCUCACCCUCAUCCUCCUCACCUUCCUCCUCAUCCUCACCCUCAUCCUCCUCACCUUCAUCUUCAUCCUCAUCCUCCUCACCCUCACCCUACUUCAUCUCUUCAGCUUCAUCUGCAUCACCUUCAUCCUCACCCUCAUCCUCCUCACCUUCAUCUUCAUCCUCAUCCUCCUCACCUUCACCCUCAUCACCUUCAUCCUCAUCCUCAUCCUCAGCUUCAUCCUCAUCACCUUCAUCCUCACCCUCAUCACCCUCAUCCUCAGCUUCAUCUUCAUCCUCCUCACCCUCAUCCUCAUCCUCAGCUUCAUCUGCAUCACCUUCAUCCUCACCCUCAUCCUCCUCACCCUCACCCUCCUUCAUCCUCAUCCUCAUCGUCCUCAUCAUCAUCUUCAUCGCCUUCAUCAGCUUCGUCUUCAUCAUCUUCUUCAUCCUCAUCACCUUCACCAUCACCUUCAUCAGGUUCAUCAUCAUCCUCGUCAUCAUCAUCCUCCUCCUCAUCAUGGUCUUCAUCACCUCCAUCGGCUUCGUCUUCAUCAGGGCGAAAUGA